CACCAUCUUUGCUAGAUCACUUCAAAUCAUGUCCUCUACUUUAAAGCGGGAUAUUUAUGGCCUAAAGGCUCUAGGCACCUCCAUCAAAGACGUUACGACGCCAACACCAGACCCGUUAGCAGCGCUGCGCUACUCGUGUGUCCACUGGAUCGACCAUCUGUGCGACCUGAAGCCUACAACUUCCGGGACCUAUGCAGAGUUUCUGCAAGAUGGAGGUGUUGUUGAUGAUGUGUUAUUGAGAAAAAAAAGUUUCUGUACUGGCUAGAGUCUGUGAGCCUUUGUGAGAGCAUGUCGAAAGGCGUAGCUUCAGUAAGGAAGCUACAUAUUUUGGUGCAGACACAAGGAAACACGAUUCUUCCAUUUACUCAGCUUGUGUACGAUGCAUAUCGGUUCAGCAUGCACAACAGACAAGUAAUCGAGAAUAACCCUCGUCAGACGUAUGCAUCUGCGCUGUUGUUCAGCCCAAACCAAAGUUUAGUGAAGAAGCUGUUUCGGCACGAAGAGCCAAAAGGGAUUACCAUAAAGCCUGAAAUGAUGGAUGAAUGGAGCGCGUGCCUGCAGACGUUAGAGGGCCAUAUGGAUUAUGUCAUAUCAAUGGCCUUCUCGCACGACUCGACACGGGUGACAUCAGUAUCUACAGACGGCAUUGUCAAGAUAUGGGAUACUAGCGGAGCGUGCCUACAUACCUUCAAAAACGACGGCUAUUACAUCGGAUCCGCAGCCUUCUCGCACGACUUAACGUGGUUAGCGUUAGCUUAUGAAGAUACUACUGUUAAGUUAUAGGAUAUGAACAGCCGCAUGUGUCUGUAGAUAUUCCA